UUACUGAAGAUGCCGACCAAGUUGAGCUAAGAGAGAGUGAAAUGGCGAGAGCCAUCAGUCCAAGCAACCGGUGAACGGGGUUGGUGAAAAGGACAUUCCAUCUUGAGGCCAUGGGUUGCUGUUGCGACGAAGACGACGACGACAUCCUCAAACAUCUCAUGAAUUCCCAUUUCCCGUCUUCCUCCGUCGAAUCCCCACGCCCUUCUGCCCCCUCUUUUUCCUCUUCCAACGUAAUUUCCCCUAUCAAUUCUCAUUUCCCUGCCCUAGCCUGCAGGGACACCCUCCGCAUCAUCUUCCUGAAACUUCCCAUCCCCGACCUUGCUCGCGCCAGCUGCGUUUCCCGAUUCUGGAACGCUGUUGCUUCCGAAAGGGAUAUUGUGACUAGGGCCUUCCUUGCUCCUUGGAAUUUGAAGGAUAUAGUUGGAACUCCGCUCUCUGGAAGCUUCUGGCGGGACAAUGGUUUGGGGAAAUUUGCACUUUCCCAUCGGAUUGGCCGUGGGGAUAGUGUUGCCAGCCUUGCCGUCAAAUACUCGGUUCAGGUUACGGACAUAAAACGGCUGAACAAUAUGAUGAGUGAUCAUGGUAUAUACUCAAGGGAAAGGUUGUUGAUCCCCAUAAGCAAUCCUGAUAUCCUUAUGAACAGAACAUGUUAUAUUGAGCUAGAUGUCUACGCAAAAAGAGAAGUAGCUGUGUUGUAUCCAGAUGACGUGCCCGACAGAAGAACAAGCUAUUUAUCCAACAGAAUGUCCUCAGAAGGCAAGAAAAGAAUAAUCAGUUCCUUAGGGAGAAGCAUGCAGGUUGAUGAUGAAACUGCAAAAUACUACUGGUAUAUUUCAAAUGGUAAUCCUCGAGCUGCCCUUUCUGAAUUUACGGAGGACCUUCAAUGGGAGAGGCGGGUAGGUCUUUCCUAGUCGUUGGAAAGCAUAAUAAAAGGUUGGGUAUCUGGCAAGAGCUAGCUUUGAUUGCUUUCCUGGUAAAUUAAUGAGUUAGUUCUUAUCGUAUCAUUCUCUUCUCAAUUUGACUUUUCAAAGACAUUAUUUUAAUUUAGUUGCUCCAAAUAUUUUAACUCAAUCAAAAUGGUUCCAUUACUAUGCAAGCUUUUCCCAGCGAGUAUAUAGGAGCUCAAAUCUGUGUUAACUCAUGGCGUGAUCUUGUCUAAGUGAUAUUUUCUCCAAAAAUGGCGUCAUUUUCACAGUCAUGGAAUUUGCCUUAAUGGCUUCGUUUUUUAGAAGUAUGCCUCCUUGGGCAAGGUUCGUGUCAUGAGGUACAAGUCAUGUGGGCUCUCCGAUGUUAAUACGAGAAAAUUUGCUUGAUAGAAGAAUCGUUUUUCGCUGGGCGAAAAUUUUCAGAGAACUAAAUUGGGAAGCUUGUUUUGAUGGAAAACAAGUACAGCCUAUCAAAGGCGGCUUGAAUUGUGAAUCAACUGCGAUGUGCCAUUCGCCACCGAAGUUGUCGGAGCAAGACACUUGCGGGUUUUGGCAUGUGUGAGCCAGAAUGAUGUGAUGUGCAGAGUUUGUCUAACGUGUAAUUGUAUUCAACGUGCUAAGCAACGCAAGUUCUGUAAUUGUGAGCAUGACUUAGCAAAUAAGAUGAAGCAUUCAGUUGUGUUGUCGUAUAGUAAUUCAUACUUCUGUAUGGUGAA